UGACUUUUGAACCAGAAAUCCCAGAAAUUAAAAAACACACGGUCUUUCUGCCUGGAGACAAAGAUUGUCAGAGGGAUUUUUCUGGGUAGUUCACUUAGAAAACCAGCCUUCAAGAUUGAGGUCCGCGUCCAGGUUGAGAUGGACACCAAUCCCCCCGAAACAGUUCCAUCUCCACAGCCUCCCCCGAGGGAGAAUCUGAUUGCCACUGCUGUGACCUUCCUGCAGAAUCCCAAUGUUGCACGCAGUGCUCUAGAUCAGAAGAGGAAGUUCCUUAAAUCAAAAGGUCUCCGGGAGGAUGAGAUUGAGUUGGCUUGUCAGAGAGCCGGAGUCUUCACGUUGGAUCCCAGCAAACAGAUCCAAACUGUAGUCAACAUGAGCACCUAUCCCUCCAGCUACAUGACCAAACCAUCCCUCCUCAUCCGCGUACGGGAUGCCCUGCAAUCUGUGGCUGUUUUUGGUGCAAUCACAUGGUUCAUCUAUUGGCUCUACAAGAACUACAUUGAACCCUUCCUGUUCGGCCGGAAGAAGCGAAAGUCCGUCAAGGACACAGUGAAUGAACUUGAGGAACGGGUUAGAACAGGAUUUAUAGACUUGAAUGUAGAAGUAGCCAAAAUUCAGCAUGAUCUGGACAGAGCUGUCCAGAGGAAUGCCCUUCACGAAGAAAUUCUCACGAUAAAGUCUGAAGUGGAAGCUGUCAAGGGAAUACUCCUGAGCAGGAAGCAAUUCUCCCAAUCAACCCACGUCCCUGCUUCAAUACCCGCCUGGCAGCUCAUAUCCUCGGACAAGGCUCAGCAUCAUACCGAUCACGACAAGAAUGACGACAAUGAUACAGGAUCGGGAUCCAGUGAGACUGAAGUGGUGACCAAGAACAGCGACAGCAGUCUCGAAAUUAUGUAGAAAAGAAGACUAACCAAAUAUUUUAGAGGGGCAUUUUUGGGGUUUUAUUUUUAAGGUUUUGGGGCUUUUUGAGUCAAGGAACCAUGAAGAUAAUCGUUUCCUUGGUUCUUGAUUUCUGUGAAAGUUAGUCAUGUGCCGUGAAUAAAGUUUUUUUUUUGUAA